AUGGCCGCUUACGAGGACCUGAAAUCGGCGACCGAGGGCUGGUAUUGCCGCCCUCUUCCUGCACCAAUGGUAACGGGCGUGCUGCCCCGUGGAGAAAUCGAGCCUUUUCUCGAACUCACGGACGACAUCGGGGCCAACGAGAACCCACUGGUGCACUACAUUGAUUUCAUCACGGGGCAUAGAGACCCAGUCCCCCCCGAGCUCGACGAGCAAUACAAGGCGGCCUGGAAGGACGACAGCUACCACAAUCUGCCGCCACCGUUCGGGUUCAAGACGGCGCCGCAACACCACAUGACGCUGCAGAUUUGUAUCCUUGACGCCCCCGACGGCACGAAGACCAUAAUCAAACACUGCGUCAUCCCCAACAAGGCGAAGACGGCCGUCUUCGCCAGCAUGGCUUUCGGGAGCGUCAAGAAGCUCUGCUUCCAGCAUCCCAAGGUGGGGGUCAAGGUCUGGCAAUACGCCUUCGAGCGGUUCGGAGGCAAACAGUGUCGGGCUUUCUUCUUAUCGCCAGACGUCAAGACGGCCACCAAGGUGAACGAGUUCUACGAGCUCUCGGACGAGGAUAUAAACGCUGGCUUCGAAUACAUCCUGAAGAACGCGCCUCGCUCCACGGCCGAGCUCAAGCAGCUGGUAUGGCAGACGAAGGCGCUACGCAAAGGCGCCCCCCUCUACGGCUGGCCCGUCCCCCUGGUGGCGAAGGCGUUGAGCGGGCUCGCGGCGGAGGGCGCGCUUGCAAAGAAGGAGUUCGAAAACAACGUGAUCCUCUGCGAGGACCACUUCAACCUUCGCGUUCUCGAAGCCAUGCAGGAGCUGAUCAACAGCAACGAUUCGCUUGUCCUCAUUGGGGAGCCCAACAUCGGCAAGACGCCGCUCGGGCGCGCAUUCCUGAUGGCAAUGUGCCGCAGGAACGCGCGGGUCCACGGAUUGGACCCCGCGGGUUGUUGCAUCCGCGUCACGCCUGAGAUCGAUUUCUUGCGAGGCGAGCCCGGCGACAUUCUCAUGGGGGACUUUGUGGACGAUGGCUGCUUGAAUCUCCUCCCGCCCAAGAUGGUGAAGGCCUUGCUCGACGUCGGCCAGUACGAGAGCAUGUGCUGGGCCAGGUGGGGCGCAACGAAAUGGAAGAAGGGGGAGCCUCGGUGCUUGGCGGACCAGACUUACGAUCCGAAUGCCGAGAAGCUGGACCGCUGGCCCUCCGUGAAGUUCCAGGAAUUCUUCGAGCUCGUGCGCCCUGCCUUCUCCGAGAAGGCGACCCGCGCAUGCAUGCUGGCUUUCUUCAAGCGUUCUGCGUUUCUGGUGAAUACCCAGGAAUACCUCUACUGGCGCCCAGCAGGCACUGAGGAGAAAGAUGUUCCGCGCAUUAACUUCAAGGGCGAGACCUUCCUGACGGCCGAGGGGAAGCGCCUGUACCUACUGCAGAAGGACGGCGACAUGACCCCGCCCGCCAAUAUCCAGCAGCUCUUGGAGAAGGAGCGGCUCCUCGUGGACUCCGCCGUGGAGAAGAACCGCAAGAAGUCCUCAGACGCGGCCCUCGGUUCUUUGCCAGCCCCGUCGUUCGUCCAGGUGAAGCGAGAGCGCGUGUCCCCUGAGCGCCUGACGUUUCGGAAGCGCCUGCUCUCGGGGAUGACGCUCAAUGUCGACAGCCCGUCCCCCGCCAAGCAACAUGCCGCGGCGUCGUCCACUGCAUCUGGGCCCGCGGCCCCGCCCCGCGACGAUCUCGAGGUCCAGCUCUCGCAGAUGCUGGCCGAGGAGGGGGCGCCCGCUGUGCCUGCGAUGCCCUCGGCUGCGGAGGAGGACGAGGUGCGGCGCGCGGGUUUCGCGGGCAGCGAUGGCACCCUCAGCUCGGGCGCUGAUGCCGCGCGCGCUGCCGAGAAGCGUCGCAACAAGCGGUCGGUGCAGGCCGCCUCGCGCCGCCGCGACAUUUUGGCCAAGGCGCGGAAGGCGCGCAAGGCGGCCCAGGCCAAACGCAAGCGCUUGGAAGCCACGGGCGUGUUCUACACGCCCAAGCGCCAGCGGGUGUCCCGCGUGCGGCGCGGCAGGUCUUCCUUAGCCAAGAUCUACACGUACGAGGACCUCAGGGCUCUGAAGACCAAGGAUGCUUACGACUUGAUGGUCCAGGCGGGGUACCUCGGCGACCCCUCCGAGAACGUUUGCCCCAGGUGCGGAUGGCCAUUGGGUUCGGUGAUUCACAGGGGCGAGAAGCGGCAUCCAGUCCAGAGGUGUCAGCGCAAGGCCUGCUCGUCGUCCUCGGUGCAGGUGAAGGUCACGAGCGGCACGUGGGCGGAUGUGGAAGUGCCUCUCCCGAAGCUGGCGGGCGUCGCCUUCCUGUCGUGCGGCGCCCUGACGUCCCGCAUGAGUACAGCCGACAUGGCGCUGAUUGCCAAGAUGGGCCACAAGCAGUGCGAGGCGGUCAGGCAGAGUUUGCUGGAGAUCGUCUCGGCUGCUUCGAGGGAAGAGCAGAAGUCGAUCGUGCUGAGCGGCCAGUGCGAGACCGACGCCACGACCCUGCGGGUCGUCCAGCUCAAGAACGGGCGCAACAUGCACAUCCGCGUGUUCGGCAUGUGCAAGCGCGGAGACCACGAACACGCCGUCGUGCACAUGCUGCCGCCCUUCUAUGCGGUCCGUGGCGGCCCGACGCGCCCCGAGAGCACGGAUGAGACCGCGCCGCUGAUCUCAGCUCACACGGGGGCCGACGUGCUGAUCUGGCACACAGACGGAGCGCGGUGCUACCGCCGCCUCGAGAACCACACGAAGGUCAAGCACGCCAAGCGCAUCUGGGCGACUGUCAAGACGCUGACCCUGAGCGGGGGCGACGUCCUGUGCUGCUACGGCGGGACGCAGCUCCAGGACGGGCUGUGGUCGCACGUGAAGAACGUCGUCCCAACCACGAUGAACACGUACAGCAAGGAGUCGCAGGCGCAGCUCGAGAACUGGGUGCACUUCUGGGCGUGGCGCUACAGGCGCGCCAGCUGUCCAGAUAUGUUUCUCGAGCUCGGCUCGGCCGUCGCCAUGGCCAGGUUGAAGGGCCAC